AUGUUCAGAACACUUGGUCUGUUCGCAGACGUGCCUUGUCCGCAAGGGCAAACAUGUUCUCUCUUAACAUGUUUGUUUUCUCAUAAGGCUCGCAACUUGCCUACAGCCACAUCUCAACCUCAUCGCCCCACCUCGAUAUUGGGAGAUGACACUGCUCGUCCCUCCAAGAGACUCAAAGUGGAAGCCGAUCCCUCUGCUUUGACCGAGGUAUCUGGCGCAAGUCAUAAAGCCGAGACAACCACUACUUCCCCGGAAUCCAUGUUGCCAACGUUUCGCAAAGAAGCUCACAUGGACAAAGGGACGCCGAAGCUCACCUCAGCCUUGAGAUCAGUCUCUCCCCCACCACCAAAACGCCCGUUAUCUAGAUCUUCUGGCACGAAAGAUACCAAUGCCAUCACUUCUGCUUCUCAAAAGCCUGCGUCAAUGCAGCUUCCUCCGCGAAAAGUGCCAAUGGAAACCCUCAACCCCCGCAUGCUGCCGAAGGCGCCAGCUUCGCAUCCCAUCCGAACCGCCAUCCUGAAAAAGCUGCACGCUGCCAUGGUUGGUCUCAAUGAGAGGCUGGUAAAGGAGAAAGAUUCCAAGAACGGAGUCUUUAUUUUGAAUAAAGACGAGCUCAUCACGAUGGCUUUGGAUGAAGAGGAAAGAGUGGCCAAGGAGAACCCUGGUGUUUACAGCAACAUUAUCAAGAAUCGCAUCGUCAAAUUGCCGAAGAGUUCCACGGAGGAAUGGGUCAAGGAAGUCAUGGCUCAUUUGAACAUGCGAUACUACCACCUCAAUCCUAUCCAACUGGUUCAAGCUCGCGCUCAAGAAGCUCCCAAGCUGAUUGUUACUGGGCUCACCACCAAGGAAGAGGUUGCUCUGGUACCUGAGUUGCUUACACCGUUGGAAGGCCUCGAGCAGUUCGGCUAUGUCACCAAAGCGCCUACAGACGGAGAGAUUGAGAUCGCCAAGAAAGGUGCAGAGGGGUCCAAAGGCUGGGAAAAGUGUGACCGAUGCUCAGGACGAUUCCAGGUCUUCCCUGGACGCCGAGAAGAUGGAGCUCUGGCGAGCGGUGGUCAGUGUACCUACCAUCCCAGUCGACCCAUUUUCCCUCCCCGCAAGAGAACCGACAACGUCACAGGUUCAUCGGAAUCAUAUUUCCCUUGCUGUGGAGAAUCUGUUGGUACUUCGGUCGGCUGUACCAAAGGCAACACGCAUGUCUUCAAAGUUUCAGAGACCAAGCGCCUUGCAUCAAUUCUCCAGUUCCAAGAGACCCCCCGCCAGCCCAACAAAGGGCCUCUCGAUCCAGUCUGCUUCGACUGUGAGAUGGGCUACACAACCAUAGGCAUGGAGCUCAUCCGUCUCACUGCUGUCAGCUGGCCUGAAGGUCGCGAACUUCUUGAUGUCCUUGUAAAGCCCAUGGGCGAGGUGUUGGACCUGAACUCGCGAUACUCGGGCGUUUUUCAAGAACACUACUCUAUCGCUACCCCUUACGGUAAACCUGCUCCUCCGAAGGAAGAGGGGAAACAACAACCUCUACAAAUGGUCGAAUCACCCACCGCAGCGCGAGAUCUGCUAUUCAAGCUUCUCCAGCCCGAAACACCACUCAUGGGCCAUGCAAUCGACAACGACCUCAAUGUUUGUCGAGUGAUUCACCCCACCAUCAUCGAUACAGUCCUUCUGUACCCCGCGCCACGACGUCUUCCGAAUCGCCUGAGCCUCAAGUUUCUUGCUCGAAAGUUCCUCGAACGUGAAAUUCAAACUGGAGGAGACAAGGGUCACGACUCCAAGGAAGACUCCAUUGCCACGGGCGACUUGGUACGAGUCAAAGUGGGUGAACUCUGGAAGCGCUUGAAGGCCAAGGGGUGGAAGUUUGAGGGCGAUGCACUUAUUGCACCGCCUGGUCAAGCAUCCAAGGGUAUGCAUAAAGUUGUGCUGGACCUUGAGUAUGGACUCGGACAAAAGAGGAAGGAUCCAAGUGCAUGA